AUGCCAGUCCCCUGGCGAAUAUGCUGCAAUAAAAAAUCCUGAACUAAGAAUGGAAAAGCUGAGACGGACCAUAUGGCGAAGACAAGUGAAAAAAUGCAGAUGAAAAAAGAAAUCACAUUACUAAAUGGAGUUUCUUUAAUUGUAGGGAACAUGAUUGGCUCUGGGAUAUUUGUAUCACCCAAAGGUGUUUUAAUGUACAGUGCUUCCUAUGGACUCUCUCUAGUUGUCUGGGCGCUCGGUGGAAUGUUUUCGCUGUUCGGAGCUUUGUGUUACGCAGAAUUGGGAACAUCCAUCCUUAAAUCUGGAGCCAGUUAUGCCUAUAUCCUGGAAGCAUUUGGUGCCUUUGUGGCCUUCAUCAGACUGUGGUCUUCCUUGCUAAUUAUUGAACCAACAACUCAGGCAGUGAUAGCAAUCACGUUUGCAAACUACAUUGUUCAACCCAUUUUUCCUCAUUGUGAGCCGCCGUAUGAUGCAGUCAGGUUGAUUGCAGCUGCUUGUAUUUGUUCCUUAACAUUUAUUAAUUGUGUUAAUGUGAAGUGGGGUACCCGUGUACAAGAUGUUUUUACAUAUGCAAAACUUAUAGCUCUUAUCUUGGUGAUAUCUGUUGGCCUUUACAAAAUUGGUAAAGGAGAAACAGAAAACCUGAGGGCUCCAUUCGAGGGCUCAGCAGCCAACCCAGGGAUGAUCGCGCUGGCGCUCUACUCUGCCCUCUUCUCCUACUCGGGGUGGGACACGCUCAACUACGUCACCGAGGAGAUGCAGAAUCCCAAGAGGAAUCUACCUCUUUCUAUUGCAAUUUCAAUGCCUAUCGUGACUGUUACUUACUUGUUGACUAAUAUAGCAUACUAUGUGGUGUUGGACAUGUCAGAUCUCCUCGCAAGUGAUGCAGUGGCUGUGACGUAUGGCAAUGAAACCCUUAGUUAUGCUAAGUGGGUAAUUCCUAUAGCAGUGGCCAUGUCUUGCUAUAGUGGCUUAAACUCAUCAAUAAUUGCAGCAUCUAGGCUUUUUUACAUUGGAGCCAGGGAAGGACACCUCCCUGACAGUCUGAGCUUGAUUCACAUCAAGUGCUUCACACCAGUCCCUGCUCUCCUCUUCAACGGUUUAAUGACUUUGCUUUAUCUUCUUGUGGAAGAUGUUUUCCUUCUCAUUAAUUACUACUGCUUCAACUACUGGCUCUUUGUGGGUCUGUCAGUUGCAGGACUAAUAUAUUUGAGAUAUACUCAGCCACACAGACCACGGCCUAUUAAACUUAACCUCUUCUUCCCUAUAGUAUACUGUUUAUGUUCCCUUUUCCUGGUCAUAGUUCCUCUCUACAGUGACACAGUCAAUUCCCUUAUUGGAAUCGGUAUUGCCCUCUCAGGCAUACCUACAUAUUAUUUGGGAGUGUAUUUGCCAGUUGGAAAACGACCUAAAUGUCUACAGUGGCUCUCUGCUACAACAACAAAAUAUGUUCAGAUGCUCUUCUACUGUGCUCUGUCGGACCUGGACACAGACAUAGAACCUACAGCAGCUAACAGUAAAUAGCGUUGCCUUGACAUUGCGAGUUGCACCUUGACAUUUUCUUUCUGGAGCAAUUUUUAUCAUCUGAAGUCCUCCCAAUUUGUUCAGUUAUACUAAAGCUCUAACCGCUGUACUAUGCAUCAGUGUGAUGUCUGUUAAUUUGUGCUUGUUUUAUAAAC